AUGAACCAGAGCCCUCCCCAUGCUCAACCCGUACCGGGUCUUCCCAACCCCGGCAGCUCGUUUGCUCCAUCAUUGAGGGGAUCUUUGGCUGGAGGUCGCCAGAUCACCCGAAACCGCGCGAGCUACAGCUGUCACAUGUGUCGGCGUCGGAAGGUCAAAUGCGAUAAGAUACAUCCAAUAUGUGGAAACUGCGUGAAGAACAACACCGAGUGUAUAUAUGACGUGUCACCCCAAAAAGAUGACGAUGGGCGCGACGGUUCUUCCCAAAAUGUGCAUGGCGUUAAGCGAAGGAGAGAGAUGCCCCGGACAUUGGAGGAGGAUGUCAAGGAGCUCCAGUCACUUUACGGACACUUGAAGCGGGCAGAGUCGACUGGCGAAAAGCCUGACCCAAGCGCCAUCGAAUCGCGACUCGACAAGCUUAUGUCAAUGGUUGAGCGCAUUGGGAGGACCGGCCAGACACUCGCAAACGUGAACAUGCAGGCAACGGCCCCGGAUGCGAAAGUGGAAGCCACAGAGCUGGAUGACCCACGGCCCAGCAAUGGUCUGAGCGGAAAUAAAACUCCGUCAAGAUCUACCAGCCCACGUCGCAUUGCUCCAGACAGUGAUGAAUUUCCGAUCCCAUCCGGUCAGGCCACUGAUCUGGUAGACCCGGUUGGCAGUUUGAACUUAGGCCAUUUGAGCCUAGAGGACGGUGGAAGGUCAAGAUAUGUUGGCACCACGUAUUGGGCUUAUAUCUCUGGCGAAAUCAAUGAGCUUAAUCAAUUGCUGAGAGAUCAAAAUAGCUCACAUGAUCAGUCUGCCCCUGAAAAUAAAAAUGAAGACAUAGCGGAUUCGCAUGCCGAUGGUCGACAGUCAUGGAGAGAAUCAAUAGGCAGCUCGACACCUUCAAUCACGCCUAGGUCUCGUUCCUUCCAACAAUCUAUAAUUUUCCCUUCGGGUGACUCUCCCUUGGUCAAUGAAAAGCUGGUGGAGCCAGAAAUGCUUGAUCACGUUCCAACGAGGCGGCAAAGCCAUAUUCUUUACAAAGGAUUCAUUUCCGGUGUACACGCUAUCAGCCCUGUCAUUCACCCUCCAACUAUCCUCAAGCUCUACAAUUCCUUCUGGGAUUGGUAUGACUGCAGCAGCUAUUCGGGAGAGUCGUGCCCAAAUCCAUCAUUCAUUCCACUGUUGUACGCGAUAUGGUAUGGCGGCUCAGUGACCAUCUCGAUGCGAACAAUCGAAGCCGAAUUCAAUAUGUCCUCGCGGACAGCCCUUUCCACAAUAUAUACCGAGGAAGCUAACAGGUGGCUUACGAGGGUCAAAUUCCCGCGCAGCCCUUCACUUCAAGGCCUCGCUGCUUAUCUUAUCGUACAGACAAUUGUGACCAAGGAGGAAGAGCCUUUGGCGAGUAGUCUUUUUGUUAGUCUCGCGAUGAGGGUUGCGCAGACCAUGGGCUUGCAUCGGGACCCAGCUAAGUUUGGCAUAGAGCCAUGUGAAGCUGAGUACCGUCGCCGGAUAUGGUGGCACAUUAUGCACAUGGACGGUGUCGUUGCCAUGUCAAGCGGCCUGCCUCCACUUGUCAACGACGAAAACUAUUGGGAUGUGUGCGAGACGAGUGAACUGAAAGACACGAUCCUAGGUACCCCUGCUGCGGAGUCCUACAUGAAACAUGUUGCUUCACGGGAGCGGCUGCCUGAUAAUCCAGACGAUCCCACCAUUUGCGGCGGGCCAUCAAUGGUCAACGUCUACUACCUGACCGCAAGAGGGAAAUAUACCAUGGCUCGCGCUGUCCGCCGCAUAUUGAAAAUCCAGCUUGGAACAAAGCCCCUCACUAGACAGGACAUGGAGGAGCUCCGGUCAAUACUCCUUGACUUGCAGCUGAAACUGAAUUCCAUCAUCGACAGGAUUCCAGAAGGGAAGGAUGUUGAUAACCUGUCCACGCCAGACCGAGCUUCUUCUAUAACCAGAUCCCCGGAUGGCCGCUCUUCCGACACAGAGCUUCCAGGCGAAGGUCCCACCGGAUGCCCAGAACAGUAUCACUCACCGGUUCUUGUUUGCUUCCAUAAAUGGGCGAAGAUCAUUCUUUCGUUGUACAUUGACAAAGCCUUCUGCGUGGCCUACCAGCCUUUUCUGAAGAACGCUCGCAGCCGGAUUUGGCCAGCGGCACGCCAGAGUGCACUACGCCACUGUCAUGGCUUCAUGGAAAAAUUCAUCCAACUCGCAACGGAUCCUGAUUUCCAGCCCUUUCAUUGGAGCUGGCCUGGCAAUCAUCAACCAAUGCAUGCCACUAUGAUCAUGCUUAUUGACCUAUAUGAGCGACCUUACAGCCCUGAAGCAUCCAGGUCCCGCGCAUUCAUCGACCGCAUACUCGCGCUUUCUGGUCCAGAUGGAGGCGUCGUAGGAGGUGAAGGCGGCGUCUCAACACCACGGCGAUUAAAAGACGGUGGCCGUGAAGCCUGGGAUAUGAUCCGCCGCCUUCGCCAUAAGGCUUGGCAAAAGGCUGGCCUCAAUCCGCGAAUGCUCUGGACCGAACAAGAUCAGAUCCAGGCUGGCGUUGCUUCGCCAGUUGAUACUCAUGGGGAUUAUGACCCUCCUUGCUCAAAUCCCUCUCAGGCCGGGUCUCCAGGCUCAGCAUCGGCCAACCCUCCCUCAACACACAAGCACCAACCCAGCGAUUUCGUCAAAACAUUCUACAACUUCACCCGCUCCCACACAUCCUCGAAUUCUGUUAGCUCGGAUGCUACAAAAAGUCCCCUGCGAUAUCAAUACCAUCCACAGGAUAAACCCUCGCGUGCAAAUUCAUAUCCACAUUCACAUUCCCGAUUCCAUCCCAUUCCCGCCGAUAAUCUAAUACCUCCCCGCGCUGGCGACUCCUCAACCAAUGCGGACUCCUUGUUUGGUGCAUCUCCACCGAUAAGAUCUCCUGCAUCCACCGCUCCCGCCCCACAUGUUCAGCAUUCAAAUCCUGAUAUUACUGCUCCUGGUGACAUGCCCGUAGUGGACCCUGGAUCUCCUAAUGUUAUAUCCAAGGGAGUUCCUACACCGCCAUCGAUGGUUGACCCCAACCUCAACUUCGACUGGGACCAGUGGGAUGCUGUGUUCGGGCAACAUCUUCCUGUCGCAGACGAUCUGAUGGAAUUGGAUCCUGUCUCGGGUCUUGAUUUCACCAAUGUUGGGACUACCUCAGCGUUUAAUGGCAAUAGCCCCAUCGACAUGUCUAAUCCAUAUGCCAGUGGUCUUCCACUUCCAGGCUCCUCCCCGGAAGGGGGUUUUCCGUCCUGGAAUGGGAAUAAUGGGGGUGAUUGGCCGGGAUACCCUUAG